AUGAGCGAGAGAGCCGAGCAACUAACGAAAAAGUUACGAAAGGAGUUUGGUGAUGUGCCACCAUGGAAAACCGCAUCAACCCAGACCCGUCUUGACGAAGGGGACUCUGAAUGGAGCAUCACGAGGAGGUAUUAUGAGAGGGCCCAUGACUAUGACAAGUUUCUCCCGCUUGCACGCAUGUUACAUCGAAAGUUAAAGAAGGAAAUUGGCCAAUGCCCAGCAAUCACGGAGUACAAGAUCAGGGAAUGGCUUGCGUUAGAGUACUGGACUGACACCCAAGUGAAGAUAGAAUAUCGACUGGAGUUCGACAAGGCACGGCCCGAAGUGCGUCGAGCGAAGAAGCUACUGGUCGAGAUGAGACGCGAUCUAGGGGACUGCCACAUGGUCGGCGACCUCAAGAUACUCGGUUGGAUUGAGUAUGGUUUGACAGACAAACACAUCAAGGACAAGUACCAAGGUUUCAUUGUAAGGGCGAACCUUGUAAGUCGUGCGGAAGCCUUACAGUAUCGUUUAGGAGAUGAGGUGUCUCGCAGGCUGAAUGUUUCGGUUCCUGAGCUACUGAAGCAUUUCGAUGAUAAUCUCGAUGAAGAUCAGAUUGUGGAGGACUAUCGAAAGAGGACAUCCAAGCCUUGA